AUGGAAGGUGCGGCCAAGAAGUGGAGACCCGGCCGGGGGCGGCGUCCCGGCUGGGGCGCACACGCAGGCGGGGUCGAGGAGGGCGCGGACGGCGUCCGGGGCCCCGGUGGCAGCGGGGGCCCAGGCGGCGACGGGAGAGCAGCAGCAGCAGCACUGAUCGCACCGCCCGGCGCCUCCGGGCUGGGGCUCCGGCUGCGCGGCCCGGACGCGUCCACAAGCAGCCUCCGCCUCAGCUGCAACUGCCUCUGUCGCUGCUGCCUCCGCCGCUGCUGCAGCUGCUGCCACAGCCCCCGCCCCGGGCCGGGGCGCCUCCAGCUGCGGACCCGCCCCUGGCCUCCGCUCCACCCCCGCGAGGGCGUGGCGCGGCUCCGGGGGGCCGGGCGCGCCGGCGGCCAGCGGGGCCACAGCAGCCAGGCUCGCGAGGGGCGCUCGCGGCCGCCCCGGCGCCAACCGCCCGCCGCCCGCGCGGCGGACUCCGCGUUCACUUUAAUGCUGGGCGGAGUCCCGGCGCCCGCGGGGCGCCCCGCUGCCCGCCCCCUUCCCAACCCAUGGGGUCUCUCGGCCUGGGAGACCCCCGCCCCGACGUUCCGGCUUUGUGUGAGGACUCCGUCACCACUGCUGCCCCCGACACGUCACAAAUCCGAGGAGAGGUCGGCCGGCCGGGAGUCCCCAACUCCGAGGGCGAGCCUCCUCGGAAACCCGCCUCCGCCGCGUGGGUCCUGCCCUGCUCCCUGCGGGGAACGCGCGGGCCUUGCGCGCCACCCCCGGGGUACGCGGGAGCAAACCGGCGGGUUGGAGUCUCUCGACUCUGACUGUUUCCUUUUUUUUAAACAGCGGAGUUCCUCUUUCCAACUCGACUCCCCUACACCAACCGACUGUUCUCAGCAGAAUCCAAUUGCCCUGGAUUUCUUAAAGGUUUUAAGCUGUUUCUCCAACUUGGUGCCAGCGACCAUGAGAUCUCUACAGCUGCUCAGAACCCCCUUCCUGUGCGGCCUGCUCUGGGCCUUUUGUGCCUCAGGUACCAGGGCCGAGCAGCCUGGGGCCGGUUCCUCCCAUCCCGGCAGCAUGGGGCUGGAUAAGCACACGGUGCACGACCAAGAGCAUAUCAUGGAACAUCUAGAAGGUGUCAUCAACAAACCCGAGGCGGAGAUGUCUCCACAAGAACUGCAGCUCCAUUAUUUCAAAAUGCACGAUUAUGACGGCAAUAAUUUGCUUGACGGCCUAGAACUUUCCACAGCCAUCACUCAUGUCCAUAAGGAGGGAGGGAAUGAACAGGAACCACCAAUGAGCGAAGAGGAACUGAUUAACUUAAUAGAUGGUGUUUUAAGAGACGAUGACAAGAACAAUGAUGGAUACAUCGACUACGCUGAAUUUGCAAAAUCACUACAGUAGACAUUAUUUGACCAUCUCCUAGUUAUUAUGCAAAUGUGACCCAUUAUAAUGUGAUUGAACACUUUCAGUAAUGCAGAAUAAUUCAUUUCCAAUUACUGCUGACGUAUUUUGGUAAAAACCUGUAGCAAGUGUGACACUGGUGUGAGAAAGAGAAGUCAAGAGAAAUAGGACAUGUUGUCUCCAAGUACUGUUAAAUCUCCUGUUGGACAAGGGCUCGAUUGAAGAGUCUUUGUAAGAGUAUUGGAUAAUUGGAGCUGAGGACUCAGGAACAGGACUAUAGAAUACUGCUGUUCUCUUGGUUUUAAUUCAUGCUACCUGAAAAGGCGAGCUUUGCCAAGUGGACACACUUUUCAGUAACAGUGAAGGAAUGGAAUCAAUGCCAAAUGUCCCCCCUUGUGGGUUCUGUCUCUUCAGGAAAACGUGGUCAGUAUUCUGUAAAGUUCCCUGGCUUAAAUGAUUACUUGCUUUGGGCAAGUGAGUAUUGAUUAAGCUAUUUCAAAGCCACAGCCUCACAUGAAUGUCAGAUAUUGAGUUCAGCUAGCCAGAGUCUAUCUUCUUGCACUAGGAUAUGAUACACCACUGACCUAAGAGAUUAACCUUUUUCAGUUUUUCAAUAUUUUAUGAAACUACUGCCAUAUCCUUAUACUUUUAUUUCUUUCAUGUCUUCUUCAACCUGGGAGAGACCUUGAAUUUAAAACUGUUCUCUAAUCAAUAGCACAUGUUUUAGCUUUCUUAAUAUUUGUAUUUAACUCUUGUUUCUAGAGUUUCGCUUUUGCAGUUUAGAAACGUAGGCAUGCAAGGAUUUUCCCUUCUGCUUGAUACAGCGGGGGUAAAACUACUAGCUGCCGUAGCCAAGUGCAAGUGAAAAGAUCAUUCACCAGGCACAGUAAUUAACCUGAUACAAGUUGUAUUUAGAAGGAGUGUUGUUUAAAUGACCCCUUCUAGCCUAAAUAUGUGAAUUCUUUCAGAUCAGGAAAGAUUGGAAAGAGAAGCCUAAAAACUCUCAACAGUGUGAGUCUCAAUAAUAGCUGAAAGUGAGAAGCAGCAGCAAAUUGUGAUUUGGUGUAUUGGAUGUGAUGGACAUACUGUGAUAGAAAAUCAUAAAAUGAUGAUUGAAUGGGGGAAAACUGCAUAAAAUUUACUGUAAGAUGUAUAGAGACUUAUUUUCCUUAUUGAAGUAUUCUUAUAAGAAAACAUGUAUUUGUAAAAAUGGUUUCCUGUGUCACGUAUUUGUGCAAUCAGAGCUGAACUAUAAACUAUUCUUGUAAAACCUAGUUAUUUUGAAAGAUUUAUAUAAUGAAUUCUGGAUAUAUGACCAAUAAAACUGAUGAAACAAAA